AUGGAAGAUGUGAGGUUUGACCUACAAGAAGAAACUGAUUAUAUCAACUCUGUAAAUCAAUCACCAGUGACCUUUAUUCAAGAAUAUGCAGUUAAGCGAAAACUAUGGCCUCGAUACGAUCUUGUGUACAAUGGCUUAAGACAAUUGCCCUAUAAAUUUGUCUAUAGAUUGGAAUUAGAUGGCUACGAAGUAUUAGGAGAAGGUAGUUCAAAAAAAGAAGCCAGACAAGCAACAGCUGGAAAACUAUUUGAAAAACUAAUUGCCGAUCAACCGGAUUUAUUAGUAAACGAAUUUAAAGAGUUAAAUAUUAAAAAUGUUGUGUCCCCUUUUGAAAAAACCAUUAAGGAAAAUUUCGUUGGACAACUAAAUGGUAUCUGUUGCAAACUACAAAUAAAUUUGCCUAUAUAUGAAGAAAUACGUGAAGAAGGGAAAGAUCAUGCAAAAAUGUUUACUAUCAAUUGCCGAAUCAGUAGUCUAUGCGAGGAAGCAAUCCACAAAACUAAACAACAAGCCAAACAUUUGGCUGCCCAGCAAAUGAUGGCAAGACUAUUAACUAUGGAUGAAAAAUUUUUCACUAUACCUAAAAAUACUCACAUAUUUGGCAAUAACGCUAAUCCAGAAUUUAUGAAGGUGAAAAAAAACGCAUGUAUGGAUGAAAUAGUAUCAAACUAUCAUUUACUCUUCAAGCAAACCAAAUUCCCUAACACUGAGACUCUGGAUCAACUCGUUCAGCAAUACAACUCUGAUGGCGAAUUAAAUUUAGACAAUCCCCUUGAUGUUUUAAAUAAAGUUGUCGAAGAAUGCGAAAUGUCGUUAAGUAAAACAAUAGUAGAUACGGAAUCUGGUUAUUGUUGUAUUUUAUCUAUCAUAAGUGUCUAUCCAUCGGUCACUGGUUUACAACUAAACUAUAGUUGUUCUUUAGCAGAAAAAGACGCUGCAAAAGACUUGCUUACCAACAUGUGUAUUUUGUAUAGCUAGUUAUCGCAUACUCGGCAUAGGUAUUUUUCCUCUA